AUGUCUACGCCUGCUAGAAGAAGACUUAUGAGAGAUUUUAAGGACGCUCCACCUGGCGUGUCAGCUUCUCCGCUACCAGACAAUGUCAUGGUGUGGAAUGCAAUGAUUAUUGGGCCCGCAGAAACUCCCUACGAAGAUGGAACCUUUCGCUUACUGUUAGAGUUUGAUGAAGAAUACCCUAAUAAGCCUCCACACGUAAAGUUUCUAAGCGAAAUGUUUCACCCAAAUGUUUACGCGAACGGAGAGAUUUGUUUGGAUAUUUUACAGAACAGGUGGACCCCGACGUAUGAUGUCGCGUCAAUCCUCACAUCAAUCCAAAGUUUGUUCAAUGACCCCAACCCUGCAUCCCCAGCGAAUGUGGAGGCUGCAACACUUUUCAAGGAUCACAAGUCACAGUACAUCAAGAGAGUGAAAGAGACAGUUGAGAAAUCCUGGGAAGACGACUUGGAGGACAUGGACGACGAGGAUGAGGAUGAUGAAUGA